AUGCGGACAUCCCUCCGUAGGUCUUGUAAUGCCUGUGUAAAGGCGAAACAUCGUUGCGACCUCCAAAUACCCCAAUGCUCGCGAUGCAUGAAGAGAAAAUCGCGCUGUCUCUACACGAAUGAACCAGCACCUUCGAGACCACAUGAUACCUCCACGGGAACGUCAGGAACUCGCAAGCUUGCGCUCGAGAACGAAUUCGAUGUGUCUUCCGCUACCGGAAGAAAUGUUAGAGUGACGCCUAGGCGGUUUGAGAGCUUGGUACGGCUGGAGAAUCCAUCGAAUGAGUAUUUAGAUCCAUUUUCUGUCUACCCCGCGACGAGGCUUCCUCGGACACAUGUUCAACGUCUCAUCCAUCAUUUCUUAUCAAACAUCGCUUUCCAAUACUACCCUCUGGACUUGAAUGCAGAUUCAAAUCCAUUUCUAGUCUCGUGGUGGCCGCUGGCCCUUCAAGAUCCAGCCCUUUUCCAUGUCUCGCUGCAGACGGCAUCCCUAGAUGAAGAAGUGCGGGCUCAAAAAGGGUUUCCAAUCUCAGAGCUUCUUAUGGUUGAUUCUGUGUCUCUGGUGAGACGCAAAAUUGAAGAUUCUUCCUUGGCAUUCCAGGAUGAAACGCUGAACUCUGUUGUUACCUUAGCAGCAAUUGAACACGGAAAGGGACACAUCCAAGCGAGCAGAAUGCACAUUGACGGAGUCAAGCGAAUAGUUGAUGUCAGAGGCGGAAUUGACAAGGUUAAGUGUUCAAGUCCGCUUACGGCACGAAUGGUUUUAUGGGUGUCUCUACUGGUCACGGGAACUCCUCAAUUCCAAACUCAGGACGAUUCUGGGGAUAGAACUGGGAUUGGCCCAAUACCGCAGUGGCAUCUUGCUUCGAAGGAUACACCUUCCCAACAACUGACUCUGGAUCACCUUGAUAUCAACCCUGUCAUGAGCAACAUUUUGAGCCAUCUCCGCAACAUAUUUCACGAUCCCCACCUUUCAAAUUUGACAACUACUGAGCUACAUGAUCUGACAUGCUACGUCGUGCAUAAGCUCCUGCUAUUACCUCCAUUCUCGACUGUGGAUACAAAGCAGUCAUCUACUUCGGAAUGUCUUCGAUACGCAUUAGCGCUUUACAUGCUGAUUAUUCAUGGAACGACAUACUACUCUCACGUGGACAUAGAGAAUGCCAUCAUGGUCCAGUUGAAAACCAAUCUCAAGACAUUGAUCUGGACAAACGACUUCGACUCGCUCAAACUAUGGUUCAUCUCCAUCGGUAUGGCAGCUGCAGGGGAUACAGCGGACCACCAAUGGUUCCUCGACCAAGCUUGCAUAGCCACAACAGCUCUCGGUCUACAAGUAUGGGAUGAUGUCCUUCUUCGACUGCAGAGCAUUCUUUGGAUCAGGAUGCAACAAGGAGCUUUGUUUCAGCAGAGGUGGGAGGAAGUCUUGAUAUCCCUGAAGAAUUAAAUGCCAGCUAUUGGCACGUCGCAUUCCGAUUCCCUGACCGCAGAUG